GGAAGGCCUGUGCCCCAGCAGUGGGGACAUUAAUAGGCUGAUGAUGAUGACACGGCAAAUGUUAUAUAAUGACAAACAUUAUUAUAAUGUGACUUUACUUACUUUUGGAAAAUAAAAGAGGAUUCAAUGUCACGCACCAGCACAGUACAAUGAAUUAACGAAAAAAGAACGAAUGAUCGACUGAAUGAAUCUACUAAUGGUAUUAAGCUGAUCACUGUAGGAUCAAUUAUUCUAGUAGCGGCACGCGCCAGAUCAUAUGACCAAUUGCUCUUUUUAAAUGCAUUUACCGGAUUUUUAUAGGACAAAUAUUUUGUUAAAGCACUUAAUAAGGUAAUUAUAAAACCAAAUAGCACUUUACCGGAUUAUAACAAAGCGACUAUAGGGCGAAAUAGUCCUAUAAACUGCGCCCAAAUGCGGCUCUAUAAACGUUUACAGGAUUUCUAUAGGAUUAAAAAAUACGUGCUCCUAGGAUAAUUACAGGGCCACAUUUUGCUACUUGGGAGUCUUGUCGUGUUGUGUAUGUUCAGUUCGUUCAUUUCAGAGUUUUCAAUUUCACUUUUUUCUUUUCCGUUUCAACAAACGGACUGUCCAUUAGCUGUAGUAUCUGUAUUAUUGAUAAUAUUUCGAUUCGAAUCGAGAUCGGAAGCAGAAGGUUGUACCACUCUAUCAUCAUCAGAUGAUGAAGAUGAAGAACUGCUGGAACUGCUGGAGCUGCUUGAACUGGAGGAUGAAGAGCUGAUGCAACUAGAUGAUGACUGACGUGGUGAAAGAUGUACUGGUUCAUUUUCUUUCUUUUUAUUUCGGAUCGUCAUUGUCGCUGAUAUCUGGACUGAUUUCACCAGAAUGUACGGGUGAAACAUUGUAGUUAACUUGGACUCUUUUACGGCUACAAUAUUUAUGAUGAUUAGUGAUUGACAACCAUCUUGUCUGACAUGCUUGAACUAUUUUAAGUGGUUUCUGACCAUCGUUAAUGGUUUUGUAUAACUCCCUAUAGGUAGACUGUCUGGAAGAGGAGCGGCUAAACCAAUCAUAUGUCUCUCUAAUUAAUAAUUCCAAAAUCCUCCAAAAAUUGCUUUGCUGCAGCUGAAACUGCCAGUUGCAAAGAAUGGCAUCAGCAAUGAACCAAUACUUAAUGUGGAACCUCUUCUUUCAACUUGGUAAAAACUCCAUUAUUGACACCAACCAUCACAGAAGCAUUAUCUGUGCCAAUGCCCAUUAAAUUUUCAAUUCGCAGAUCGAAUCGUUUAAGCGUCUUCUUUAUAGCAGAGACAUUACCUUAGGCAUUACAAUCAGCAAGUUCAAGAUAUGUAGAUACUAUUUUUUGGUACAUUUUACUGUAAUAGAUUAUAAUUAUACCUAAUUAUUUCUGUACAGCAAUAUCUGUGGACUCAUCAAUUAGUAGGCUGAAUGGUUGAUUGUUAAAAUCUUGUUUUAGAACCUCAGUAAAAUGUGAUGCCAACACAUUUUUUUAUGAUUGAGGAGCACUUGGUCCGGUGUAGUUGUAUUUUAUCGAUAUUUUUUUGAUGACUAUGAUUAAUUACCUCUCCCAAGUGGUCAACUACACGUAUGCUAGUAUGCAUGGCUGUGAAUAACGCGAGUCUGGCUUCUUCCCUUUCUUUAGUUCCAAUGAGCUCUGGUUUAAAUGGUAGCUUAGGCUGCAUAGAUAUAAUCUGUAACAACUUAAGUUAUCGAAAUAGUAGAAGCGAAAUGGUCCAAUCACUAACCAAACCUUACCCGUAAGGGUCCGGCUGACUCUUUCCUACAAUGCCAAAAAAAACUAUGUAGUAAAUAACCCACAUCUCAUAUUCUCUACUUCGCAUUAUGACUAAAUCGCAUAAUGACAUAGUAGCAAAAUGCCUACUUUUACAAAGAUACUAUAUAAUACGAAAAAAACGUCUUUUACAGAUAAAAUUUACUCUCUCCAUCUUUACUUUUUAUAUGAUCUGAGAUAGAAAGCUGUUUAUUGAAAAAAAUAACAAAUGAACACAAUGCCGCGUGGCGCUAGUGUGGCGAAUGGCUUAAUUUUUUUAAAAAUACUGCUUCGCACACAUGCAGAAAAGAGUCACUUUCCGCAUAGGGUCAUCCAUAAAGUACGUCACACUAAAUUCGUGAUUUUGUUACCCUUCCCCCGUCCUUGUCCCAUUUGUGAGAUCCCCCCCCCCCCCUCUCCCUAGUGUGUCGUCACAUAUUUUGCAUCUAGCAAUUAUGAAAUUAAAAAAAAAGAAAACCACUAAAAAGUAAAAAAUAAUAUACAUAUUCUUUAAGGGGGGUUUACACGGGUUGAUUUUCGCCGUGCGGCGAGUCGCUUCACUAAUUGCCUCACCAAGCCGCAUCGCUAGCCCAUUUACACUGGUUACUAAAAUCGCAUGCGGCUCUGUCAUUUCCAUCGAAAAUGUUGAGCAGAAUACCCGUGUGUGCCGGAAUUGAAAUAAUUAAUUAUUCAAAUAUUCAACAAUUGCUUAAAGAACAAAGAGUGAAGAAAAAACAAAAGGAAAGAAGAAAACGUAAUGUUUGGGUACGUGGAUGGAUUUCUCGACGUAAGGACUUGGGUGCUUCAGAUACUUUAUUGGUUGAGUGGAGUUUAGAAGAUCCUGAUUAUUUUAAAAAACGAUUAAGAAUGACUACUGAUCAGUUUAAUACUUUACUACAUAAGGUUACUCCGCUUAUACAAAAAUGCGAUACCAAUAUGCGAGUAGCACUUUCUCCGAAAAUUAAAUUAGAAAUAACCCUGAAGUUCUUGGCUACCGGUGAUAACUAUUCAAGUCUUGCAGAGUCAUUUAGAGUUCCAGAAUGCACAAUUUCCUUGUUUUUGAAGGAUGUUUUGGAUGCUAUAUACAAUGUUUUACAGGAGUUCAUUAUGGUAAGUGAAACAAGUAAUUAAUUAUAAACGAUUUAUUUAUAAAUUUUCCAUUGUGUUUUCAUCUACGCAUGACCUAACAGCUUGAGAUAGAAUAUCGUCGUUCACUCCGUAUUGUUACCCAGUAUUUUCUUGUGUAAGUAAACAGCUGGUAAAAUAGUCUUCUUCAUAAGCGAGGUGCCUUCUAGAAGUGGAAGCUUCGGGAGUCGAAGUUUUACUCUGGUUUUGAAAAGCUUGGUUUCGGGAAGUAGUAGCUUCGGCUUCUGGAGUCGAAGUAUAGCGUGUAUAUUCUGAGAGUGAAUUUAAUUUGUAUUUAAGGUUUUCAGUCUUUCUUGUGGCGAAUAAUUAUUGAUGAAAUUUUGACAAACAAUAGCAUUUCUUAAUGGCAAACUACGUAAUUGGCUUGCCACAUAUACUCCGAAUGUAUCAAAUUCAUCUUGACGGAUAGUUUGAGCCAAAGUUUCUAAUCUAUUGACUGCUUGAAGUAGCAUGACUUUUGCCCCCACAAAUAUUUCCAGUUCCGCUGGUAAACCCCCAGUUUUGUUGAUAUCAGCUGGUAUUAUAGUAGCUAUAUCCACAUUGUCUGCAUUUCGUGUGGCGUGUACUAGCUGAUCCUGCGCUUUUAUUUUGUAAAUGCGAGCACCAUUAUUUCUGUACAAAUUCAAUACAGCAGAGUUGUGGUCGUUAACUUGUUGAUUUGUGGGGUAUACCCUUAACGCUUUGUCUAUUGCAAACUCAUCACUCGUGUCUUGAAGAAGUCUUCCCAUUAAAAUACUAAAAUGUUGGGUUGUUAGCUCACCGACUCUCAAAGCAUUCAAAAUAUCAAUAAAAGUCUGGUCACCUUGCUGACGCAUAUUUUCAGUUAAUUCACACAGCGUUAAUAAACGCCAGAGAUGUGUAGCUGAUUGGAGAUGUUCUGGCUGUUUGAAAGCUCGUUUUGCUUUAUACUUUUCUUUCGCUUUUUGAAGCCUUCGUUUACGUUGUGUUGCAGUUUCUGUUUUGUGUUUGUAUUUUUUAUAUUUUCUUUUACCAUUUUGUUCCCACGAGUAAUGGACAUUUAAACGGUCGACCCCCCAGAGGUCCAAUAAAGGGGCAAGGCUAUGUACAACAAGAUGCGCCUGAGUCUGGAGGGGAAAACGCUAAAGACAUAUCAUUUUUAUCCACCCUAAUGCCAUACAGUUCUCGGCGCGUUUUAACCUUUCACCUUAACUUGGGUGGUGUACCGCUAACGACGUAUCAUUUUUAGCCACCCUAACGCCACACAGUCCUCAACAUGUUACAAAAUCUUGACUUGGGCGGUGGAUUCAGG